AUGUCACAGAAAGCCCUAGAGACGAUGCAGGAUGCACAGAGAGGAUUGAAUCCGGAUGGAGCACUUACUAAUAGAAGUAGAUCUUCGUGUGUAGUUUAUUUGUAUUUAAUGUACUGGGAUGACGAUAAAAGCACCUUGACUGAUUUUUUUGUAGAAGAUCUUUUGAGGUCAUUGAGUUUCACUAACAGAAUACUUCUGGAGCAAGAGGAUCUCUUAUCGUGUGAAAUAGUACUAGGAGGACGCAGAACUUGUUUUAAGAAGCCGAAAAUGUGCGCAAGCUUUUCGUUUCUUUGCAGGUUACAGACACAGCAGUAGCCCAGUCAUACGGCGAGGGGAAUGGUUUACUUUACGGCUUUAACGUGUACCACCACAAGGAUGACGAUGAUCGCCACAAAUACCAGCAUGAUAGUGAAAAGAGAGCCAGUCACUAAAGAAGGAAAUAUGUCAAUCGUUGCGAUAUCGGUCAUUUUGUUAGUUGAACCAAAGAAAAAUAAUACUCAGUUCAAGAGGAGAGAACAUGGC